AUGACGCACGCUCAACAAACCACUGGUACCGUUCUAUCCGAGUCGGAAACCCGACACCUGACAGAAACGCUUCUUCAGAUUCUGGAGCCGCAUCUUCAAUCCUUCAACAGUGCAAUAACGCAGGGCCUGCAGCAGGUGCUCCACGAUAUCGAGCCACUUAUCCUUGAAGGAACCGUUCAGCAAGCAGCUGACCACGUGUCCAAGGAACGACUUGAGGUCUGGUUUGAAGACCUCCGCCUUCAAAAGCCGCGUCUGCCCAGGGCUCGCGCGUUGCAGUCUACAGGCAACCUCAGAGCGCGCGGCUUUGCAGAUGAACUCGAACUGGGUCUAGAUCCUUCAGCGAUACUCCCGCACCAGUGUCGCGCCCUGCAGUCGUCGUAUACAGGCUCGCUAAGCGUCGUUCUCUGCUGGCGAGCGACGCGCAUCUCGCACGGCUGUUACCGGAAAGACAGCACGCUAUGUAAUACAGCGCUCUGGACAAACGGCUCCUACGCGGAAGAUGUUUAUCGCAGCGAACGGCAUCUGGGCGAGGUUCCCAUACUAGUGGGAUCCAAGUUGUGCCACUUAGACGGACUGAGUCCAAACGAGCGCGUUGCACUUCACGAAGAGGAGUACGAUUACGGUGGCUACUUCAUCGUGAAUGGUGUCGAAAAGCUGCUGCGAAUGGUGAUUAUGCCGCGAGCCAACCAUGUGAUGGUCAUAGCGCGUGAUGCAAACGUCCGACGUGGAGAGCACUUCACUCGCUUCAGUGCAAUGAUUCGCUGUCGACGCGCUGACCGAGUUCGAGUUGUUACCAAUCAUCUCCACUACCUUCAAACUGGUCUUCUUAGGCUUCGAUUUUCCGUCAAACGCCAAGAAUACUUGCUACCGUUAGGGCUUGUGCUGAAAGCCCUUUACGAUCUGGCUGAUCGGGAGCUAUUUUUGCUGCUCACAAUGCCAAGUGGAUGCUGCGGAACUAACGCAGAUGAAAACCUCCGCUAUAUCCGCGAGCGAGCGCUCAUGACGGUUCGUGAGCUGCAUGUACUAACUGGUGGUGAGGGUACCCAGCACGCAGCGCUGUCUUACUUGGGUGCUCGUUUCCGUUGCCUGUUUCCAGAGUACCUGUCUUCUGACGAUUCCGAUGAGCGCUGUGGCGCGUUUAUUUUGCGUCGAUAUGUGCUCAUUCACCUCGACGAUCCACUUCAAAAACUAGAGCUCCUCGCCUAUAUGUCGCGGAAGCUUUUGCAUUAUAUGACUGGCUGUCUCGCAGAGGACGAUCCAGAUUCGCUAGCGAACCAGGAGCUCCUCUUGCCCGGACAGCUUUGGCUGCUUUUCCUCCAGGAGAAGCUCCAAGACGCCCUGUUCGCGCUACGGGAUGAAAUUUCCCGGCAGUUGACUCAGCGAGCCAAUCAGGGAAGCUUACUAGACCCAGAUUUUGUCCGCAAAUGUGUAAGCAAACCUCGCAGUGGUAUCAGAGUAGGCGAAAGGAUGUUGCACCUGCUAUCCACGGGAACAGCGUCCCUGCGGGAUGGUGCAGAGUUGCUACAGACGUCGGGUUACAGCAUCAUAGCGGAUCGGAUCAACUUCCAACGCUUCCUUUCCCACUUCUACAGCGUCCAUCGAGGGCAGUACUUUUUGAAUCUGCGCACGUCGGAGUCUCGCAAACUCAAGCCGGAGACUUGGGGCUUCAUCUGUCCGGUGCACACACCCGAUGGAGCACCCUGUGGAAUUCUCAAUCAUCUCACGCGAAUGUGCCGCGUCGUCGCGGAUCAACAACAGGUACUGCAGGAGCAGAAGCGAAUCGAAUGGAUCUUGGAGACGCUGCCACUGGAGCAUCCUCUCGCUCACAACGAUGCACUGCUUAUGCCACCGGCGAAUGCAAGACCAGUACUGGUGGAUGGUCGGAUUCGAGGCUAUGUGCAUGGAGAUGUACCGCUGGGGAAGCUUUUGCGUCAGCAAAAACUCGAGCAUUUCCCCCAAACAGAAAUUGUGGAUGUGGAGAUCCCGCGUCUCUUCCCGAGCGUCAUGGUGUUCUCGACACCGUCACGGCUCAUGCGCUCAGUGUGGAAUAUGCCGCAAGCUGGCAUAGAAUGGAUAGGCACCAUGGAGCAACUUUUCAUGCCCGUUGACCUGUGCAAGUCGCAGUCGAUGUCUCGUGCUGGAAACGCAGCCAUUCAUCGUGAGCUGAGCGCAACGAACAUUUUCAGUCUACUGGCCUCGUUUAUUCCCUUCAGCAACAUGAAUCAAUCACCGCGAAAUAUCUACCAGUGCCAGAUGGGCAAACAAGCCAUGGGCGUUCCCUUUCACGAUUGGGAUCGGAGGUUCGACACCAAGUCCUACCGAUUACUGACGCCCCAGCAACCUUUGGUGCAGAAUCGCUCUGAGGCCCAAGCCGGUUGGUCCAAGGUCUUCGGAUCGAGCUUCAAUGCAGUAGUCGCUGUGAUCUCAUACACUGGUUACGAUAUGGAGGACGGUAUGGUGAUCAACCGAGCGAGUCUGGAUAGGGGUCUCGCCCACGGAGCGAUCUACGGCUGCGAAUUCGUGGAUCUGGAUCAGCUCAAUGUCGCAAAGGAUGCCCGGUUCAGCCGACUGCCAGCUGUAGGCGAGCGCAUGACACCCGGCUCGGUGCUCUAUAGUAUUCAGGGCCGGAGACCUCAUCUUUAUCGGAAUAGUGAGACGAGUUAUGUCGACGCUGUGCUCCUCGCCGAGAAUCAACGGCGCGUUGCUAUCCGGACCCGGACGCCUCGGCGACCCGUCAUCGGGGACAAGUUUGCCUCUCGACAUGGCCAGAAAGGGGUGCUGUCUGCAAUCUGGCCCGCUGAGGAUAUGCCGUACACGAGCGACGGGAUCGUUCCGGAUAUUCUCUUCAAUCCGAAUGGCUUUCCGUCGCGGAUGACCAUCGGUAUGAUUGUGGAGUCUAUCGCAGGGAAAGCUGCAGCCGUUCACGGCGCUGUGCCAAUUGACGCGAGUGCUUUUGAACGAGAAACGGAGGACGCAAGUGAUCGCAGUAACGAGCCACCGCACGACUUCUUUGGAAGAUUGUUGCUUAAUACCGGAUACACGUACCACGGAACAGAAACGAUGUACAACGGUUACACGGGCGAGCCGUUUGUUGUCCAAAUAUUCAUCGGCGUGAUUGCCUGGCAGCGACUUCGUCACCAUAUUGCAGACAAGUUUCAGGUGCGAACUGAGGGUAUUGUUCACCAGACACUCCGACAACCGCUGCGAGGCCGAAAGCGAGGUGGCGCUAUUCGGCUCGGUGAGAUGGAGCGUGAUGCGUUGCUUGCCAGUGGGGCUGCCUACACCCUCCAGGAUCGGUUACAGAGCUGUUCAGACUUGCACACUGUAUACGUUAGCGCUCUCGACGGAUCGCUACUCGCACCCAUCGCAGCUCCGAACGAACGUCUGGGGGCUACCUCGCGGAUCUCGGUCAAGUCCCGGACGAACACCCGCUCCCCAGUCGUUCGCGUGCACAUGCCGUACGCUUUCAAGUAUCUUGUUUACGAACUAGCAGCGAUGAAUAUUAGGGUAUCGCUUCCCGUUAAGUGA